UUUUGAAUGGGAUGAUGCAAAGUGACAGCCGACUUACAAAUCCAUUGUUCGAUUCAGUUGUAUAUUUACAUCGUGCCAUCCGCGAACGAUUUCUUUUAUAGUUGAUUAAUACACAAGCAUUUCACAAAAGGUAGACAAAAUUGUUUACAUUGUGCGUUUGGACAAAGACUACGUACAUUUGUUCGCCAACAUUAAUUUAACAUAAGCGAUUUUCAGCGUUGAAAAAGAUGUCAAAACGAAGUCAACCAACGUGGCAAGCACCGACACCAUCACAAAAUGAACCAAAAUUACGGUUGUUCAACAGUUUGACCCGGCAAAAAGAGGUGUUCAUACCAGCAAAUGGUAAUAAUGUAACAUGGUACAGCUGUGGACCAACCGUUUACGAUGCAUCACAUAUGGGUCAUGCAAGAUCAUACAUUUCAUUUGAUAUUCUACGUCGUGUGCUGAACAAUUACUUCGGAUAUAAUGUGCUUUAUGUGAUGAAUAUCACUGAUAUCGAUGACAAAAUUAUCAAACGUGCUCGUCAAAAUUGGCUUUAUGAACGUUAUGUUGAAGCAUCGGCUAACCUUGAGCAAAUUCUCGAAGAUCACAAACAAGUAUUAGAUCAAUUGAAUGAUGUCAUUGCAAAGAACACCGACCCGGAUAAGAAAAUAAUGCUCGCUCGUACGUUAAAUCAAAUCACCGAGGCAAAUGUAGUUCUGCAAGAAGCCGUAAAAUCCGGCGAUGCCAAAGCGAUUGAAACGGCCCGUACGAAUUUCCUUCAACAAUCCAAAGAUGCAUUGUCCGACUGGUUGGACAAGAAAUAUGGUUCAACAGUCACCGAAAAUUCAAUUUUUGAAUCACUGCCAAGAUUCUGGGAAAAUGAAUUCCAUAAAGACAUGAAUGCAUUGAACAUUUUGCCACCAGAUGUUUUAACGCGAGUUAGUGAAUAUGUUCCUCAAAUUGUUGUAUUUAUUGAAAAGAUUAUUUCCAAUGGAUUGGCGUAUGAAUCGAACGGUUCGGUUUACUUUGAUGUUUCAAAAUUUGAUGCGGCCGAACAUCAUCAUUAUGCAAAAUUGGUGCCAGAAGCUUAUGGCGAUACAAAAUCAUUGCAAGAAGGUGAAGGUGAUUUAUGCAUAUCAGAGGAUCGUUUGAGUGAAAAACGAUCACCAAAUGAUUUUGCACUGUGGAAGACAAGUAAACCAGGUGAACCGUGGUGGACAAGCCCAUGGGGUAACGGCAGACCUGGUUGGCACAUCGAAUGCUCGGUUAUGGCAUCCGAUAUUUGCGGUGAUACAUUGGACAUUCAUACGGGCGGUGUCGAUUUGAAAUUUCCACAUCACGACAACGAAUUGGCACAAAGUGAAGCUUACUUCGACAAUGCAUCGUGGGUGAAUUACUUCUUGCACACCGGUCACUUGACCAUAUCCGGAUGUAAGAUGUCAAAAUCAUUGAAAAAUUUCAUCACCAUUCAACAAGCACUGACCAAGAAUUCGGCUUGUGACCUUCGUUUAGUAUUUCUACUUCAUUCAUGGAAAGAUACACUUGACUAUUCGGAUAAUACGAUGGAAAUGGCUACUCAGUACAAGAAAUUUUUAAAUGAAUUCUUUUUGAAUGUAAAAGAUCUGUUGCGCCGAUCGCAAAACGAUGAGAAGCCUGAUAGCAUAUUUCAAUUGUGGACAAAAGUAUCGAAUGACUUACAAAUUAAGUUUAACGAUGCCAAAAAAUCGAUUCAUUUAGCGUUGUGCGACAAUAUUGACACACGUACCGUUUUGGAUGUGAUUCGUGAUUUGAUUGGUCUUUGUAAUGUAUACAUUCGAGAUAAUAGCUCGGUUGCCGGAUCAUUGAAUAUUCUAUUGCUGAAACGAAUCGCCACAUAUGUCACAGAUAUUUUACAUAUUUUUGGUGUUGUCACAGGACCACGUGGUGGUAUCGGAUUUCCUGUCGAUUCGGGAAAAUCGGGAGAUACCGAGGAGACAGUUAUGCCAUAUCUCAGUGCGUUGGCCGAGUUCCGUAAUUCAGUGCGUGAAGUGGCUCGUAGUCAAAAAUGUACGGAAAUUUUGAACAUAUGCGAUGCUCUGCGUGAUGAUAUUUUGCCUAAUUUGGGUGUUCGAUUGGAGGAUCGGGAAGGUGCAGCCGCUUCAAUAAAAUUAGUUGAUCGCGAUACACUACUGAAAGAACGUGAUGAAAAGAAAAAGGCCGAAGCCGAAAAGCAGGCUCUGAAAGAGAAAAAACGCCAAGAAGCUGCUGCUGCUGCGGCCGCACUUGAAACCCAACGUAAAAUCAAUCCCAAGGAAAUGUUUCUCAAUGAAACCGACAAGUAUUCAGCAUUCGAUGAACGCGGAAUACCAACGUUAGAUGUAAAAGGUGAAAAGAUUAGCAAAGGUCUCACUAAAAAAUUGGAAAAAUUACAAAUUGUCCAAGAGAAAAAAUAUAACGAAUAUAUUGCAUCUCAGAAUAAUGGCUCAUAGGUGACCUUUUUUGGUGAUAUUUUCACAUGAACAAACUGGCUUUUGUACGCUUUUCUUUAUGAUUUUGUUUUUAAAAACUGCAUUUGCAUCGAAAAUAAAUUAACACGCUGGAAAAAUUAACUA